AUUAUUUUUGUAACCAGAAAAAAUCUGGCAUGAUCUAUUGAAAUCCUGGAGCAGCCUUUCAAAUCUCCAACCUAGAAGUCUGAAAUGGCGGAAAGGAGGAAUCAACCUGUUGGUCAGAUGGACCAAGAAAAAAGCACGACGCACCGUGAGUUCUUAGAAAAAUUCAGCGUUCGACAACAGAUGAAAGAUGCUUUGUUAAAGCUGGUUGAGAACAGACCUGAAGACCCACUGCUUUUUCUUUCCAAUUUCUUUGAUACUGUUUCUUCAGAAAACCGAGCUGACAGGAUUUCUCAUGCUGCAAGAACGUUAAAACUGUCUCAUCAUUCGAGUCCUGCUUUCAAUAACAACGUUAUAUUGGCAUACGAUAUUCUUAGUGCACCUAAAAACCCAAGUUCGAAAAAGCUUACAAACAAACGUUCAGGAAUGUCUGGAGCAAUACAUGAAGAAUUUAUAAAGUUUAUUUGUUCCGAUGUUCCUGAUGAAUUAAAAGAAAAUCUUGUUGAUAAAGUUUGUUGCAAAUGGAAUGAAAUGGUUCCAUAUGAAGUUUUCAAAUACAGUGUUACUGUAGCUUAUGUUUUGAUAGAUUUUAUUGAACUCUCUGAAGACUUGUUCAAAACGCUGAGUGGAAAAAAUGAAAUGGCCGACAGAUAUUUAUGUGAUACUACUGUUGAAACGUUCAGUGAAUCGUUGCUUCGAAGCAACAAUAAUUUUGUGAAAUCUGAUGACAAUUUUUCUCACGCAAUGGAGGCAGGAAAGAAAUUGAGACCCGAUAAUCUGGCCUCUGCUAUGUUGCAGGCGAAAGAAGAUGAAGGGGAUGCAAAAAAUUUAAUGGACGAAUCAGAAUUUCUUCAUUUAAUGACAAAUGUUUAUCUUAGUAAUGUUAAAUGUUUAAAAUAAUUUGAAACUGUGUUUUAUUCUUAUUUACACUGUGCCAUUUAGGUUGUUGAAGUUUUAUUUUCUAGAUAUCUUUUUUAUACUCAGUAAAACCAUUUAGAAUGCCAGGAAACUACUUUAUUUUAAUAUUAAAAUAGUUGAAUGAAUGAAUAUUUCUAAAAAGGGUUGUUAUAGAGAGAGAUUAGUUUGAUUACCUCAGUGAAAUGGUAUUGAAAUGAUUUUGCUCUGUUAACGUUUUCCAUUGUUAAAGUUAUUUAUUUAUAUAUAUAUUUAUAUUUCAACCGGAUACAAAUACAUAUAAAAUUACUGGAAGCAUCCAGUGAAGUGUGAAGCAUCUUCGGUUCAAAGAUGUUUGUAUGUUACAUAAGUUUUGUAGCUCUCCAAUGGCAUAUUGAUAACAUUCUAUGAAUUGUUGGGAUUUGUAUCAUUAUAAAACUGUUCAUUUUAAUUAAUGCUGUUGCUACAAAAUACCUAGAUAAUAUAUCAGCUAUUUGUGGAAAUUUUCAAAAAUAU